UUUUAGAAUAGUAUAUGGCAACACUUCUAUCAGUUUCCGAGUGAAGUAGACCGUCCGUCGACAGUCGACUCGUCCGACGAUUCAUUUCUUCUUAGUAACCGGCUAACCGCUACAAUCGCCUGUCCCCACUUCGUCACUCGCAGGACUAAUUCAAAUGGAGUCUGCUGCAUCUCUUCGAGGUCGGUUAGAGAAACAAAAGGAAUCAAAACGACCAGUGUCCAAUCUUAGGAGGAAGUUAGACUCCAAGCAUAAAGCUGGUCGUUCAACGUCUACCAAGAAAAGGAAGGAGGUGAAACAGUAUCCAAAGAAACGGAACUCCGUUAAACAGGUUCAACUAGAUGCUCAAAAUGUAUCUAAACAACGACCGUUGCAUCAGAAGGUGUUGGAACCCAGAUUUGAAGUAUGUUUCACAUCCACCCAAGAAAUAAAGGAGUUGGAGAUGUGGCCAAAGAAAAUGAGCUCAGAUAAAAAGAGGUCUGCUGUGUCUCGUCGAGCUCAGUUAGAGACACUGAGGGAGUCGAAUCAACGACUAUUGGCUCAGAAGGCGAUGUUGGAAUCCAAGCUUGAAGAAGUACGUUCCACAUCAACCCAAGAAAUUAAGGCAUUGAAGCACCAGUUAAUAAAAUUAGAUUGUGAUAAGCAGGUGCUGCGUGAUGACAUGAUAUCCAUAAUUGCUACACAUAAGCUUGAGGGGAAGAAGCACCGAAAUCUGCUGUCAGAAGUUGGCAAUAAAGCAAAAGAAUGUCAGAAAUUCUUAAAUUCUCUUGAGCAGAAGAUAACCUGUGCAGAUGAGGAGAUUAAAUUGAAAAGUGAAAGACUUGAGAAAACAAGGAAAAUAAGAGCCGAGUUACAACAGGAGGUCAAGGAUUACAAGCAAGAAUUGGCAAAUGUUAGUCAAAGUGGCCAGGAAUCAGACAUUCGUUAUCUCAAAAUGAAAAUGACGGUCUUUGGAAAACAAAUUGACAGCAUAACUAAAAGACAAAUAACAGAGGUUCUUCGCAUGAGGCACUUGCUACCAAAAGCUACAGAGGACUCCUUUCCUGACAAGAAAUUUCUCUGUGAUUGCAUACAACUUUGGGAAAACAGUAUUAAGGAGCUUGAUGUGAAGAAGCAGAUGAUGUUGAAGAAAGGAGAUGACCUCUUAAAGUUAAUAGUGCAGGGUCGCCCGCUAAGUUGUUUACCAGAUUUGAAGAUUUCAGCCUCAGAAUUAUCAGAGCUGACUAUUAUUCCAUUCAUUAACAUCAUAGUUAAUACCAAAGAACACAAUGGAACAGACAGUAAAGGGAUUUCAGUUUCCCCCUCAAAAGUUGGUCAUUGGACAGCUUCUCAUAGCCCUUCACCAGGAAACACUAAUGGUGCAGAGCCAUGGUCUUUGUUUAGAGAUGAUCAAGUGUAUGAAAAGGUGGAUAAAACUUCCAUUGCUUCCAGCCGGGUACAGAAGUUGGCUACACAGUUGAAGAAUGUAGUCAUCAGUGACAAUGGUGGAGCAGAACAUGCAACUCAUCCUAGACUUUCCCAUCAAUUAAGGUCUCAUAAUAAAAGUAAUGAUAUUAAAUGUGCUGUGGAUGAAGUCCAGACCAAGAACAAUAAAAGAAUUUUGGGAAUAAGUUUGAAUAGUAUUCUCGAGAGAGAGCUUCAGCUUAAGCUGCGUGCACCAGCUGGUUCAGCAUCCAAAGCCCCUUGGGCUGAUGUGUCCCAGGAAGGAGCAGCAGCUGUACCUAUGGGCUUGAAGUGGAGAGGUCUUGAUUGUAGUGGUAACUCUUCAGAUGUUUGUUCCAUUUGCCUUGAAGGGUUUUAUGGCUAUAAGACAAUGACUUUAGACUGCCUCCAUGUUUUUCACAAUAUUUGCAUCAAAGAUUGGUUAAAGAUAGAGUCUAGCUGUCCUAAUUGUCGCUCGUUUUCUAUAGUGGAGGAAGAAUACCCUCCUUUGUCUCGCAAAUAGAAUUUGAGAAUUGGAGGUAAUUUUAUAAAGUUUUAUUUUUCAGUUUAAUGCCGUCUGUAUUGGCAACUACUUUGGUUUUGAUAAUGGUACCAUUUAACCACAAAUUAUGUUUCAAGAUUUAUUGUUCAUUUAAUCUGUUUACAGUUGAUUUACUGUUCAUUCAACAUGUCCUUUGUUAAAUGGUAAACUCCAAUCAGUAUGAAUUGAAGGAAUGAAUGUUACAUGUGUACAAGUAGAAUUUAUGGGUUUUCAAGUUUUGUUGAAAGAAAAAAAAAAAGAAAAAAAAGUUCCUAUCUUAUUUUUUUUUUAAGUAUGGUACCAUUAAGUUUUCAGACUUCAACCAUUAAGUUUUCAGACCUUAUACUAACAGUAUAGUACAUUUAAAAUUUAGUGUAUAGCAGUAAUUUUCAUACGAUUAAUGUUUUACGGGUUUAGAUGUAACAAACCUAAUCUGGUUCAGGUUUAUGUUAAUGCCAUAUCUCUAGUGAUUUUCUGUAGUUGUAAUUUACUACUAGUAAUAAUAAACAUUUAUAUGAUUAA